GACGCGGCUUAUCAACAUUGUUUCCCCUCGACUCCUACAAAUUUAAUGUGGGUACCUGCCGGCUUGGCUAUCAAGGGAAGCCCAAAAGUGGUCAAUAUCACAAUUUCUUGUUUCCAUCACUCGCUCUAACGUUGUCGAAUCAGUUUGUUGAACGCGCUUGCCUUGACUCGAUGUUUCAUACGUUGAAUGUGCGGUAGGUUUUUUUUUUUUUCGUUGAAAGAUACUAGAUCAACACUAGGUCCUAGAGAAAAGAUAUGGUGCGUGUGAAAAAGAAAUAGUGUUAUUCGAGUGGCAUAUGAAAGGUGCCAGAGUUGGCGAAAAUGUGGGGCCGAGCAAUAAUGCUCGUGCUAGCGAUGUCGGUUAUAAUGGAAACGGCAAGAACAUAUGCCUUUCAAGACAACGAAGAAAGUCAAUUGAAAGUAGGAAAAUCAAUAGAUCUUUUCACGAGAUACGGUUAUCUAACAUUAUCGAUGAAAGUAGUUUCAAAGAACGAAUCAGAUUGGAUAUUCAGAGAACCUACCAUAGAUAUUUUCACAGACGUCGAUCGAUUUGCCUCGCAUCCGGAACGUGUUCCGAAAAGACAAAGACGAGUCUUCGAAGGAGAUUUCCACAUGGAAUUUUGCGACAACGUUGGACAAUUAAUCCAAGCUUAUUUCCGAGAUUUCUCGUUCGAAAAGUUAGAUCAACCAUGGAAGGCGUUCACCUCGUCAUGGACUGCAGAAACCAUCGGCAGAAAUUUGGGAAUAAAUUCAACGUACAUAGUUAAAGAACAAUGUUAUGUGUUAGUGCGAUUAUCGAGAUUUCGCGAUGUAGUUAAACUCGAUGGAAUGCCGGACAAUUUAUCAUUGGCCGACGUUGUAGCUAAAGAAAUAGAUAAAAUUAAAGUAGGCGAUGUCGAGAGUGUACUAACUUUUAUAAAGCGGUAUGGGUCGCAUUACAUCAACGCGUACGUUACGGGAAAUUCCUUGUACCAAGUGUUUGUAUUCAACAAAACAAACUACGUACACAUGAAAGACCGGUUGAAGAAACAAGGGAUAGCGCAAAUUAGCAAUUUAGAAUUAGGUCAUUAUUUCAGUCCAUGGUAUGCUGAUUAUAUGGGCGCAAUCAAAGUGGCCAGCGGAAAUCGUUCAGUGGCUAAUUGGUCGACGUAUAAAUUAAGAUACAAUUAUUCUAUUUUCAGUUAUCCAUCGUUGUUAAAAAUCCAUGGUGAUCCAAGAUUGCUCAGCAGGCUGAAUUCAAUGUUAGGUAAUGAAGCGAUACUGGAAAUGCAAUUGAAGACUUUGGCUCCCGCUUUUAAAGAUCCAGUAAAACGACUUUGGUUCGAAGAAGUGUUAGAUAACUUCGUAAAAUUGUGGGAGAGCAACUUGUAGUAUAAAGGUUCAAGUUCCAAGUACUGUUAAGAGUCUACGAAAGUUUUUUUUUGGUUAUUGGAUCCUGUGUUUCACUCAAAGAUGUAGGAACGUUCUGAUUUGGCAAAAAAUUAGUAGUUUCUGGAAAACUGGUAUUUAUCUGUGAUCAUAGUGGAUGUCUAUUUUUAUUUAUCUAUAAAAAAAGUGUACAAAGAAUACUUAAUAAACUUUAUAAUUUAUUA